UCACUACAGUUGCGACCACGCCAGCGGCUGUGUAUAUUGUGCUAUCAAUUGGAACCCGAUACAGUGCGCGUGCGCCGGUGCAAAAUGUGGAGGGCUCUCUUUUUACUGGUGGCGCUGCUGGCUACAGCCAAAUCUGAAUACAAAUACGAGACGUUAUGGUUCAAAGUCCCGCUCGAUCACUUCGGAUACCAGAGGAACGAGACCUUCCAAAUUAAGUAUUUGGUGAACGAAGAUUAUUGGGACAGAGGAAAUGGUCCGAUUUUCUUCUACACAGGGAACGAGGGUCAGAUCGAAGUGUUCGCCAAACAUACUGGCUUCAUGUGGGAUAUCGCCCAGGAAUUCAGAGCUAAAUUGGUAUUCGCUGAACACAGAUAUUACGGCGCGUCCAUGCCGUUCGGGAACAAGUCAUUGGACAACAAACACAUCGGCUACCUGACGUCUGCGCAAGCGCUGGCCGAUUACGCUGACUUGGUCAACUAUUUGCAAGGCAACGCCAUAAAACCACCAUACCCGGUUAUAGCUUUCGGAGGCUCAUACGGUGGAAUGUUGGCAGCGUACUUCCGCAUGAAGUACCCUCAUAUCGUUGCCGGUGCCAUUGCAGCAUCAGCGCCGGUGCACCAGUUUACAGGCAUGGUUCCAUGCGAGGUCUACAACAGAAUCGUCACGUCCAGCUUCAAGAUAGUCAGCGGAAGAUGUGUGGACAAUAUCAAGUCGUCAUGGGCCGUUUUGAGAAACUUCACGAAAUCCUCGAACAACACAGCGUGGCUCCAAAAAACUUGGAACCUAUGCGACCCGCCCAACACCACGAGCGACGUGCAAACCCUCAUUGAUUUCCUCCAGGAUAUGUACGGAACUCUUGCAAUGGUCAACUACCCAUUCGAGUCUGACUUUCUGAUGCCAUUACCAGCUCAGCCAGUGAGAGUUGUGUGUCAGUACGUCAAUAAGACGUUUAAAGAUGACAAGGAACUUUUAACGGGUAUUGGAAAAGUGUUAGAUAUCUAUGCGAACUACAAGAAAACAAAUAAGUGCAUUAACUAUAAAAGUUCGUCCUAUGGGAACUUGGACGCUUCCGGGUGGAACUAUCAGGCUUGUACAGAAAUGGUGAUGCCCAUGUGCACAACAGGACUUGACGAUAUGUUCGAGAAAAGUCCAUGGAACUUUACAGAAUUCGCAGAGAAAUGCCAUAAAACAUACAACGUCUAUCCUAUGGAGCAAGCGGCGAGAAUUCAAUAUGGCGGCAACAGGCUGCAAGCCGCUUCGAAUAUUGUCUUGAGUAACGGACUGCUAGAUCCCUGGGCUGGAGGUGGUGUUCUAAAUACUGUGAGCGACACGGUAGUAGCCGUUGUGAUCGUCGACGGGGCUCAUCACCUUGACCUGAUGCCGCAGAACCCUAAUGAUCCUGGAACAGUUAUCGAGGCUAGAAAGAUUCACAAACAGAAUAUUCGAAAAUGGAUUAACGAAUAUUGGAAAUAAAAAAACAAUGCUGUA